AUGGGUAUUGAGACUCUAACACGAACAACGGGGCUGGUCAAGAUACCUCCACCAAUCGUCAGACGCAUCAAACCUACUCCAUUCGUGAAAAAAUUCCACUACUACAGGACAAACCAGGUAGUGAAGAGCAGACUUGCAAUCCUCCAAGUCCCCGACGCAAUCAGCUCAGCGUUUAACUUGAUUGCAAGGAUCGCCGUGGAGCCUAUUGUAGCGCACUACAUCCAAGAGGCGGACUUUGUAAAGGAUGGUGAAUUAUCAAAGGGCAAACCGCAUGAUUUUGUGACUAGGGGUUCUCAUGAUGGAGCUAUGAUGCGACUGCUUGCCAGUUCUCCUUAUUUGAAACAAGCAGGUUUGGACUGGAAGGAAUACUGGGCUGUAAUGCAAGAAGACCUUGACGCUGGCCGUUAUUCACAAUAUGCUGCGGCGUUUGUUUUGAGUCUGCUUCCGAAUAUCAAGGUUCUCGGUCUGCCGAAGUGGUGGAUGCCACAAGCUGCGUCUGAUAAACUUAUCGAGACCGUGAUUUGCAAAGCUCGAAAAAAUCCUACUUGCAGCAGCAGCACCGGCCUUGUUCAACUCACGAACUUGAUAGGCCAUGGCUGUGCAGACGGCAGAUUCAAUCUAGACUGGGAAUCUUGCUUUCUGACCUUGCCACAUAUUCGAUAUUUCGGAGCAACAUGGUGUAAAGGAGGCAGCGAAAGAAGAAGAAGUUCUGCACAAAAAUACGAGGCCCUUGAAUUGGUUUGUUUUGUUAAUGCUUCGAUUGAUUCGAUCGAAAUAGCGAGUUUUCUUCAGAACACUCCGCGUCUCACGACGUUCAAGUUUUGGCAUUCAGCGGGAAAUAUUGAUCCCACGCAAGGCUGGGGUCUUUGCCAAUUCGUCAUGGCAAUUGGACACCAUGUCGGAGACCACCUCGUGGAGCUUUCCAUCCUCCUCGACGAUGACCCUCAUACUACUAUCAGUCCUGGGAGGGCAUCAUUAGGUGGUUUCAAAAGGCUAGAAACAUUCCAGCUUCCCCUCGAAAUUGUAUCAUGCAAUCUCAUAGCUACUGCUACUGCUACUGCUUCGGAUGUCUUCGAAUUACUGACUCGGGAUCUUAUACCGGCGUCGGUCACACAUCUUUCGUUGGUGUCAUGUGGGACGGAUAAAGAGGCAAAGGCUCUGGCGGCCAUCUUUCAUGAUUUCCCCGCUGUGAAGGCUCAGACACCGUCUCUCAGAGAGAUCCGCCUGACAUUGCCUGCAGAGGCAACUGGACUGUAUGGGGAUCACUUUGACAAGGUUUCUGCGGAGAUCGAAAUGGCGGGCGUCGUAUUUAGGGAGGAACAGAGAAUUCAAGCAGUUGCCUGGGACGACGAGGAGGACUAG